CCCGACCACGAUCUUGCGCGGAAAGAAUACAGCUCCUAUCAGCAAGAUCAUUUUUAUUUUUAUUUUUAUUCUUAUUCUUAUUCUUAUCGUCGAGCGUCGUCGAAAUGAACUUGGUCUAAUCCCCUAACCCUAUCUUAGGCUCUCAUCGCGAAUAAUCUCCAAGAGCUCAUCCGCGAUGGCCAGCACACUGUCGCCGACCUCAUGGCCAUCGGGUCCACCAUGCUAGGCCGGAGGCACGUGCUCCCCUCGGUUGUGAGCACCCUCCACGAGAUCCAAGUCGAAGGCACUUUCCCCUCGGGCACGUACCUCGUCACGGUCCACAACCCCAUCGCCACCGACGACGGCGACCUAGCCAAGGCGCUCUACGGCAGCUUUCUGCCCGUCCCCGACCAGAGCCUGUUCCCGCCCGCCGACCCGAGCGCCUACGAGCCCGCCCGCCAGCCCGGCGCCGUGGUCGGCGUCAGGGGCCGCGUCACGCUGAACCAGGGGCGCCGGCGCGUCAGGCUGCGCGUCACGAGCAGAGGCGACCGGCCGAUCCAGGUCGGCAGCCACUACCACUUCGUGGAGGUGAACCCGCAGCUCGAGUUCGACCGCGGCGCCGCGUACGGGUGCCGCCUCGACAUCGCGGCGGGGACGUCGGUGCGCUUCGAGCCCGGCGACACGCGCACCGUCCACCUCGUCGAGAUCGGCGGGGACCGCGUCGUCCGCGGCGGCAACGCGCUCGCCUCGGGCAAGGUGGACUUGUCCCGCGUGAGCGCCAUCGUCGAGGCGCUGCAGAAGGCCGGGUUCGCGCAUCGCCCCGAGCCGGCGGGCGAUUUGCAGGUUGCCGAUGCUUUCUCGAUGGACCGCGAGAAGUACAGGACUAUGUUCGGGCCGACAACGGGAGAUGUAGUGCGCUUGGGCGCGACGGAUCUCUGGAUCAAGGUGGAGAAGGACUUCACGACGUACGGCGACGAGUGUAAGUUUGGAGGCGGCAAGACGUUGCGGGAAGGCAUGGGGCAGAUGACGGGAUGUUCGGACGCAGAUAGCUUGGACAUGGUGGUGACGAAUGCGCUGAUUGUUGAUUAUACUGGAAUCUACAAGGCGGAUAUAGGAGUAAAAGAUGGGUUUAUAGUGGGGAUUGGCAAGGCUGGUAAUCCGGAUGUUAUGGACGGCGUAACGAAAGGUAUGAUAGUGGGCAGUUGUACCGAUGUCAUUGCGGCGGAGGGAAAGAUCGUAACGGCGGGCGGUCUUGAUACGCACAUUCACUUCAUAUGUCCCCAGCAGGCUUAUGAGUCUAUUGCUUCUGGUGUCACGACGAUGCUUGGAGGCGGUACUGGGCCAAGUGCUGGAACUAACGCUACUACUUGUACACCCGGUGCCAACUAUAUGAGGCAGAUGCUACAGGCGUGCGACCAAUUGCCCGUAAAUAUUGGAAUUACCGGCAAGGGUAACGACAGCGACCCAGGGGCUCUGCGUGAACAGAUUUUAGCAGGUGCUUGUGGCCUCAAGCUACAUGAGGACUGGGGCACAACACCAGCCGCUAUCGAUUCUUGUCUAAGUGUAUGUGACGAAUUAGACGUACAGUGUCUGAUCCAUACAGAUACACUCAACGAGUCCGGGUACGUGGAAUCAACGAUUGCGGCGUUCAAAGGACGAACAAUUCAUACCUACCACACGGAAGGCGCGGGAGGUGGACACGCACCUGAUAUCAUCCGAGUCGUGGAGAACGAAAACGUGCUACCGUCUUCGACGAACCCGACGAGACCAUACACUCGUAACACUCUAGACGAACAUCUUGACAUGUUGAUGGUGUGCCACCACCUUUCGCGGAAUAUACCCGAAGACGUAGCAUUCGCCGAAUCUCGCAUACGCGCCGAGACUAUCGCAGCUGAGGACGUACUACACGACCUGGGCGCUAUCUCCAUGAUGAGCUCGGAUUCCCAGGCAAUGGGCCGGUGUGGCGAGGUCAUCCUCCGAACGUGGAAUACCGCGCACAAGAACAAAGUCCAGCGGGGGCGUCUGCCGGAGGACGAGGGCACGGAUGCAGAUAACUUCCGCGUGAAACGCUACGUUAGCAAGUACACUAUCAACCCGGCCCUCGCGCAGGGUAUGGGUCACCUUAUCGGUAGCAUCGAGGUUGGGAAGUUGGCCGAUUUGGUGCUCUGGGACCCGGCGUGGUUUGGCACAAAGCCGACAACAGUGGUCAAAAGCGGGUUGAUUGCCUAUUCGCAGAUGGGUGACCCUAACGCUUCGAUCCCCACGGUGCAGCCGAUCAUAGCGCGGCCCAUGUUCGCGCCGCUCGUGCCGAGCUCGAGUGUCCUGUUCGUCUCGGCGGCGAGCCUGGACACCGUCACCUCGCGGUACGGGCUGCGCAAGCGGGUCGAGGCCGUCCGCGGGUGCCGCUCCGUCGGCAAGAAGGACAUGCGGUUCAACGACGCGAUGCCCAAGAUGCGCGUCGACCCCGAGCGGUACACGGUCGAGGCCGACGGCGUGCUGUGCACCGCGGAGCCGGCGAGCGAGUUGCCGCUUACGCAGGCUUGGUUUGUUUAUUGAUGUUGGGGAUAGGUAUAUACGUGGACAGACUCUAUGUCGAGGGAGAAAUGGGGGCUUGGCGACAUGCUGGGACUGGGAUUGGGAAGGGGGAUGGUUGCUUAUGUUGGAGUGAGCGAGUUGGGUUUAUUUAGCUU